AUGUCUCACCACCCCUCCGCCCCUCAAGCCUCUCGGCGACACCCCCUCGCGCCGGCGUCGCACUACAACAACUAUGCCAUCGGCCAAGUCGAGAAACCACAGCAAGAGCAACCCAAACCGAAGCCAGCUGGGCCCCCUGUGCCGAAGCCGAAGACUAAGGAGAUUCCACCUUCACCGCCGAAGAUCAUCGCAGACAAGCACCGCGGUCUGGAGUACGCCCGCGUGGGCAUGCUCGGUGAGGGUGGCUUUGCGCGCGUUUACGAAGUUCAAGACGCUCGCGGCGAAAGGACCGCUUGCAAGGUAGUAACAAAGUCAUCUCUUGUAACGAAGAAGGCCAAAACGAAACUUUACGCAGAAAUCAAGAUCCACAAGUCCCUCCAGCACCCGAACAUCGUCGGCUUCCAAGACUGCUUCGAGGACGGGGAGAACGUCUACAUGACUCUCGAGCUGUGCCAUAACGGCUCACUCAUGGACAUGCUCCGCCGGCGGAGACGCUUCACCGAACCCGAGGGCCGCUUCUUCAUGAUUCAGCUUAUGGGAGCGUGCCACUACAUGCACACGCACCAAGUCAUCCACCGCGACCUCAAGCUCGGGAACAUUUUCCUCGACAAGAACAUGAACGUCAAGGUCGGAGAUUUCGGCCUGGCCGCCCUCAUCGAACAGCCAGGCGAGCGCAAGAAGACCAUUUGUGGUACACCCAACUACAUCGCCCCCGAGGUCCUGUUCGACACCGUCAAUGGGCACAGCUUCGAAGUUGACAUAUGGUCCAUCGGUGUCAUCUUGUACACUCUCGCUGUAGGCCGCCCACCGUUCCAAACCCAUGAAGUCAAGGCAAUCUACGAGCGUAUUCGCGAAAACGACUACGGGUUCCCCGCCGACCGUCCCGUUUCGAAAGGCGUGCAGGAGCUCAUUCAACAGAUCCUCACAUCUGACCCCGCACAACGCCCCACCCUCCACGAGAUUGUCGACCACGUAUGGUUCACCGAAGGCAUCGUUCCGGGCUACAUGCCCGUCUCCGCGCACGACAGCCCUCCCGAUUUCCGCCAUGUCGCCCCCCACAUGUCCCGCAUGAACCUCGCUCGCCUGCGCCGCAACGCGAUGCUCGACGACGACCAGGCCACGAGCAUUGCCGUACCCUCCGCCCCGCCCCCGCCCAACCCGGCCGCUCUCGCGGCGGCGAAGGCACGCGGAGUGUCAAGCCUGGUCCAGCAGGAGAAGGAGUUCCAGAAGGCAGUCCAGCCCGGCAGCCCGAUCUCUGCUCUUCUAUCGUCCGCGCGUCAGCCACUCAUCGUCGCGCAGCAGGCGACCCCCGGCGGGAAACCCGAGCAGCCGCUCUUGCGCAAGCUGCAGGCGGCGAAGGACCCUUCGAUGUCCGCUGCGUCCGUCAAGUCCCCCACGCGCGGCGAACAGGAGGACGAGUUCGAGGCACGGGUGAAGGAGAUCCGGACGAAGGAGAUCGAGAGCCAGAAGGCGCGCAUCGUCGCUCAGAUGGUGCCCGCCGUCCCCAGCGGCGCGGACGAUCCCGACUACGACGGGGAGAACGUUCCGCCACCGGCGCGCACUCGGGACGCUGCACGGUUGCAGAAGGACAAGGCGAAGGAGCGCGAGGCGUACGAGCGUGACCUGGGUCGCAUGCGGGAGCAAGAUGUGACCCGCGACCGGGAGCGGCAGAAACUGGAGCGGGUACGAGAGAAGGAGAAGGAGCGGACGAAAGAAAUGCGCGACCGCGACCGCCAACGGGAGCGCGAGGUGCUCGAGAAGCGCGCCCGGGAGCAGCGGAUGCACGAGGAGAUGCCACCUCCGCCCGCGCCUGCAGGCGUCCCACUGCGCUUGAACGGGUUCGACGUCGCGUUGUCUACCUUCAACCUGGCGUUCGAGAUGAAGGCCAAGGGACGGGUGUUCCGGGAUCUGGCCGAGGAGGAAGCGCUACCUGUGCCGAAGGUGUUCAUCGUUUCCUGGGUGGACUACUGCAACAAGUACGGGAUGGGCUACGCGCUUACCGACGGCUCGGUCGGAGUGCACUUCAACGACAGCACUACUCUCGUGUUGUCCGCUGAUAAGCAGCACUUCGACUACAUCUCGUCUCGUCGUCAAGGGACGGUCUAUGUACGCAAGAACUACACCGUCAUGGAGUACCCCGACGAGCUGAAGAACAAGAUAUACCUCCUGAAGCACUUCGAGCGCUACAUCAUGGACCUCCUCUACGUUGACCACACCUACACGUACGAGGACACUGAGCGCACGCGCGGGAUGGACUUCGUCUCCAAGUACCUUCGUAUGCGCCACGUCAUCGUCUUCAAGCUCUCGCACGACGUCCUCCAGUUCAACUUCUAUGACCACUCCAAGAUCGUGCUCUCCUCCCAAGGCCGCGUCGUCUCGUACAUUGAUCCGGACCACCAGUUCCAGAAGUACACGCUUGCGGGCAUCAUGGCCUCCGCGCUCCAGCCCAGUUCUCGGCCGGAGAAGGCCAAGGCGGACCAGCGGCUGUACGACAAGAUUCAGUACAUCCGCGAGGUCCUCCUCUCCAUCCACAGCGCCGAGGCUGAGACGACGGACGGCGCCGCGCUCACCGCAGGUGCCCCGCUCUCUGGCGCUCCGUCAAUCGCGGGCUCGAUGGCGUCGCGCUCGUCGCGGGGCUCGAUGCGCUCGUGA